AUGAGAAUAAAAUUGUUUGAUCUGAGAAAGUAUGAAGUAGAACUUCUGUCAACAGGACAGAAUGAGACCAGUAUCACUUUGCAGUGGAAUAACGUGAACAACAGCACCAGCUUUAUUCUCCAGUUUAAUGGCACAGAGAUAAACAUCAGUGCACCAAAUGGAGAUGGACCAGUAACUCACACAGUCUCAUCUCUCACUGCUGGAACUAGAUACACUUUCACUCUCUUGUCUGUGUUUGAGAACAACAGAAGCAGUGGAAUAACCACUACUGCAGUCACUGCUCCUCCAAACACAGACAGCUUCACAUCAACAGGGCAAAAUGAGACCAGUAUCACUCUGCAGUGGAAUAAAGUGAACAACAACACCAGCUUUAUUCUCCAGUUUAAUGGCACAGAGAUAAACAUCAGUGCACCAGAUGGAGAUGGACCAGUAACUCACACAGUCUCAUCUCUCACUGCUGGAACUAGAUACACAUUCACUCUCUUGUCUGUGUUUGAGAACGUCAGAAGCAGUGGAACAACCACUACUGCAGUCACUGCUCCUCUGAAUGCAGACAGCUUCACAUCAACAGGACAGAAUGAGACCAGUAUCACUCUGCAGUGGAAUAAAGUGAACAACGACACUAGCUUUAUUCUCCAGUUUAAUGGCACAGAGAUAAACAUCAGUGCACCAGAUGGAGAUGGACCAGUAACUCACACAGUCUCAUCUCUCACUGCUGGAACUAGAUACGCAUUCACUCUCUUGUCUGUGUUUGAGAACAUCAGAAGUACUGGAACAACCAUUAUUGCAGUCACUGCUCCUCCAAACGCUGAAAGCUUCACAUCAACAGGACAGAAUGAGACCAGUAUCACUCUGCAGUGGAAUAAAGUGAACAACACCAGCUUUAUUCUCCAGUUUAAUGGUACAGAGAUAAACAUCAGUGCACCAGAUGGAGAUGGACCAGUAACUCACACAGUCUCAUCUCUCACUGCUGGAACUAGAUACACAUUCACUCUCUUGUCUGUGUUUGAGAACGUCAGAAGCAGUGGAACAACCACUACUGCAGUCACUGCUCCUCUGAAUGCAGACAGCUUCAUAUCAACAGGACAGAAUGAGACCAGUAUCACUCUGCAGUGGAAUAAAGUGAACAACGACACCAGCUUUAUUCUCCAGUUUAAUGGCACAGAGAUAAACAUCAGUGCACCAGAUGGAGAUGGACCAGUAACUCACACAGUCUCAUCUCUCACUGCUGGAACUAGACACGCAUUCACUCUCUUGUCUGUGUUUGAGACCAUCAGAAGUAGUGGAACAACCACUACUGCAGUCACUGCUCCUCCAAACACAGACAGCUUGAUAUCAACAGGACAGAAUGAGACCAGUAUCACUCUCCAGUGGAAUAAAGUGAACAACAACACCAGCUUUAUUCUCCAGUUUAAUGGCACAGAGAUAAACAUCAGUGCACCAGAUGGAGAUGGACCAGUAACUCACACAGUCUCAUCUCUCACUGCUGGAACUAGAUACACUUUCACUCUCUUGUCUGUGUUUGAGAACGUCAGAAGCAGUGGAACAACCACUACUGCAGUCACUGCUCCUCUGAAUACAGACAGCUUCACAUCAACAGGACAGAAUGAGACCAGUAUCACUCUGCAGUGGAAUAAAGUGAACAACGACACCAGCUUUAUUCUCCAGUUUAAUGGCACAGAGAUAAACAUCAGUGCACCAGAUGGAGAUGGACCAGUAACUCACACAGUCUCAUCUCUCACUGCUGGAACUAGAUACACAUUCACUCUCUUGUCUGUGUUUGAGACCAUCAGAAGUAGUGGAACAACCAUUACUGCAGUCACUGCUCCUCCAAACACAGACAGCUUGAUAUCAACAGGACAGAAUGAGACCAGUAUCACUCUGCAGUGGAAUAAAGUGAACAACGACACCAGCUUUAUUCUCCAGUUUAAUGGCACAGAGAUAAACAUCAGUGCACCAGAUGGAGAUGGACCAGUAACUCACACAGUCUCAUCUCUCACUGCUGGAACUAGAUACGCAUUCACUCUCUUGUCUGUGUUUGAGACCAUCAGAAGUAGUGGAACAACCAUUACUGCAGUUACUUCUCCUCCAAACGCUGAAAGCUUGAUAUCAACAGGACAGAAUGAGACCAGUAUCACUCUGCAGUGGAAUAAAGUGAACAACAACACCAGCUUUAUUCUCCAGUUUAAUGGCACAGAGAUAAACAUCAGUGCACCAGAUGGAGAUGGACCAGUAACUCACACAGUCUCAUCUCUCACUGCUGGAACUAGAUACACAUUCACUCUCUUGUCUGUGUUUGAGACCAUCAGAAGUAGUGGAACAACCAUUACUGCAGUCACUGCUCCUCCAAAUGCUGAAAGCUUCACAUCAACAGGACAGAAUGAGACCAGUAUCACUCUGCAGUGGAAUAAAGUGAACAACAACACCAGCUUUAUUCUCCAGUUUAAUGGCACAGAGAUAAACAUCAGUGCACCAGAUGGAGAUGGACCAGUAACUCACACAGUCUCAUCUCUCACUGCUGGAACUAGAUACACAUUCACUCUCUUGUCUGUGUUUGAGAACAUCAGAAGCAGUGGAACAACCACUACUGCAGUCACUGCUCCUCUGAAUGCAGACAGCUUCACAUCAACAGGACAGAAUGAGACCAGUAUCACUCUGCAGUGGAAUAAAGUGAACAACGACACCAGCUUUAUUCUCCAGUUUAAUGGCACAGAGAUAAACAUCAGUGCACCAGAUGGAGAUGGACCAGUAACUCACACAGUCUCAUCUCUCACUGCUGGAACUAGAUAUGCAUUCACUCUCUUGUCUGUGUUUGAGACCAUCAGAAGUAGUGGAACAACCAUUACUGCAGUCACUGCUCCUCCAAACGCUGAAAGCUUGAUAUCAACAGGACAGAAUGAGACCAGUAUCACUCUGCAGUGGAAUAAAGUGAACAACAACACCAGCUUUAUUCUCCAGUUUAAUGGCACAGAGAUAGACGUCAGUGCACCAGAUGGAGAUGGACCAGUAACUCACACAGUCUCAUCUCUCACUGCUGGAACUAGAUACACAUUCACUCUCUUGUCUGUGUUUGAGAACAUCAGAAGCAGUGGAACAACCACUACUGCAGUCACUGCUCCUCUGAAUACAGACAGCUUCACAUCAACAGGACAGAAUGAGACCAGUAUCACUCUGCAGUGGAAUAAAGUGAACAACAACACCAGCUUUAUUCUCCAGUUUAAUGGCACAGAGAUGAACAUCAGUGCACCAGAUGGAGAUGGACCAGUAACUCACACAGUCUCAUCUCUCACUGCUGGAACUAGAUACACAUUCACUCUCUUGUCUGUGUUUGAGACCAUCAGAAGUAGUGGAACAACCAUUACUGCAGUCACUGCUCCUCCAAACGCUGAAAGCUUGAUAUCAACAGGACAGAAUGAGACCAGUAUCACUCUGCAGUGGAAUAAAGUGAACAACAACACCAGCUUUAUUCUCCAGUUUAAUGGCACAGAGAUAAACAUCAGUGCACCAGAUGGAGAUGGACCAGUAACUCACACAGUCUCAUCUCUCACUGCUGGAACUAGAUACACAUUCACUCUCUUGUCUGUGUUUGAGAACAUCAGAAGCAGUGGAACAACCAUUACUGCAGUCACUGCUCCUCCAAACGCUGAAAGCUUGAUAUCAACAGGACAGAAUGAGACCAGUAUCACUCUGCAGUGGAAUAAAGUGAACAACAACACCAGCUUUAUUCUCCAGUUUAAUGGCACAGAGAUAAACAUCAGUGCACCAGAUGGAGAUGGACCAGUAACUCACACAGUCUCAUCUCUCACUGCUGGAACUAGAUACACAUUCACUCUCUUGUCUGUGUUUGAGAACAUCAGAAGCAGUGGAACAACCACUACUGCAGUCACUGCUCCUCUGAAUGCAGACAGCUUCAUAUCAACAGGACAGAAUGAGACCAGUAUCACUCUGCAGUGGAAUAAAGUGAACAACGACACCAGCUUUAUUCUCCAGUUUAAUGGCACAGAGAUGAACAUCAGUGCACCAGAUGGAGAUGGACCAGUAACUCACACAGUCUCAUCUCUCACUGCUGGAACUAGAUACACAUUCACUCUCUUGUCUGUGUUUGAGAACAUCAGAAGUAGUGGAACAACCAUUACUGCAGUCACUGCUCCUCCAAACGCUGAAAGCUUCACAUCAGCAGCACAGAAUGAGACCAGUAUCACUUUCCAGUGGAAUAAAGUGAACAACAACACCAGCUUUAUUCUCCAGUUUAAUGGCACAGAGAUGAACAUCAGUGCACCAGAUGGAGAUGGACCAGUAACUCACACAGUCUCAUCUCUCACUGCUGGAACUAGAUACACAUUCACUCUCUUGUCUGUGUUUGAGACCAUCAGAAGUAGUGGAACAACCAUUACUGCAGUUACUUCUCCUCCAAACGCUGAAAGCUUGAUAUCAACAGGACAGAAUGAGACCAGUAUCACUCUGCAGUGGAAUAAAGUGAACAACAACACCAGCUUUAUUCUCCAGUUUAAUGGCACAGAGAUAAACAUCAGUGCACCAGAUGGAGAUGGACCAGUAACUCACACAGUCUCAUCUCUCACUGCUGGAACUAGAUACACAUUCACUCUCUUGUCUGUGUUUGAGAACAUCAGAAGCAGUGGAACAACCACUACUGCAGUCACUGCUCCUCUGAAUGCAGACAGUUUCAUAUCAACAGGACAGAAUGAGACCAGUAUCACUCUGCAGUGGAAUAAAGUGAACAACAACACCAGCUUUAUUCUCCAGUUUAAUGGCACAGAGAUAAACAUCAGUGCACCAGAUGGAGAUGGACCAGUAACUCACACAGUCUCAUCUCUCACUGCUGGAACUAGAUACACUUUCACUCUCUUGUCUGUGUUUGAGAACAUCAGAAGCAGUGGAACAACCACUACUGCAGUCACUGCUCCUCUGAAUACAGACAGCUUCACAUCAACAGGACAGAAUGAGACCAGUAUCACUCUGCAGUGGAAUAAAGUGAACAACAACACCAGCUUUAUUCUCCAGUUUAAUGGCACAGAGAUAAACAUCAGUGCACCAGAUGGAGAUGGACCAGUAACUCACACAGUCUCAUCUCUCACUGCUGGAACUAGAUACACAUUCACUCUCUUGUCUGUGUUUGAGACCAUCAGAAGUAGUGGAACAACCAUUACUGCAGUCACUGCUCCUCCAAACGCUGAAAGCUUGAUAUCAACAGGACAGAAUGAGACCAGUAUCACUCUGCAGUGGAAUAAAGUGAACAACAACACCAGCUUUAUUCUCCAGUUUAAUGGCACAGAGAUAAACAUCAGUGCACCAGAUGGAGAUGGACCAGUAACUCACACAGUCUCAUCUCUCACUGCUGGAACUAGAUACACAUUCACUCUCUUGUCUGUGUUUGAGAACAUCAGAAACAGUGGAACAACCACUACUGCAGUCACUGCUCCUCUGAAUGCAGACAGCUUCAUAUCAACAGGACAGAAUGAGACCAGUAUCACUCUGCAGUGGAAUAAAGUGAACAACAAAACCAGCUUUAUUCUCCAGUUUAAUGGCACAGAGAUGAACAUCAGUGCACCAGAUGGAGAUGGACCAGUAACUCACACAGUCUCAUCUCUCACUGCUGGAACUAGAUAUGCAUUCACUCUCUUGUCUGUGUUUGAGACCAUCAGAAGUAGUGGAACAACCAUUACUGCAGUUACUUCUCCUCUGAAUGCAGACAGUUUCAUAUCAACAGGACAGAAUGAGACCAGUAUCACUCUCCAGUGGAAUAAAGUGAACAACAAGACCAGCUUUAUUCUCCAGUUUAAUGGCACAGAGAUGAACAUCAGUGCACCAGAUGGAGGUGGACCAGUAACUCACACAGUCUCAUCUCUCACUGCUGGAACAAGAUACACUUUCACUCUCUUGUCUGUGUUUGAGAACAUCAGAAGCAGUGGAACAACCAUUACUGCAGUCACUGCUCCUGCAAACGCUGAAAGCUUCACAUCAACAGCACAGAAUGAGACCAGUAUCACUCUGCAGUGGAAUAAAGUGAACAACAACACCAGCUUUAUUCUCCAGUUUAAUGGCACAGAGAUGAACAUCAGUGCACCAGAUGGAGAUGGACCAGUAACUCACACAGUCUCAUCUCUCACUGCUGGAACUAGACACGCAUUCACUCUCUUGUCUGUGUUUGAGACCAUCAGAAGUAGUGGAACAACCACUACUGCAGUCACUGCUCCUCCAAACGCUGAAAGCUUGAUAUCAACAGGACAGAAUGAGACCAGUAUCACUCUGCAGUGGAAUAAAGUGAACAACAACACCAGCUUUAUUCUCCAGUUUAAUGGCACAGAGAUAAACAUCAGUGCACCAGAUGGAGAUGGACCAGUAACUCACACAGUCUCAUCUCUCACUGCUGGAACUAGAUACACAUUCACUCUCUUGUCUGUGUUUGAGAACAUCAGAAGCAGUGGAACAACCACUACUGCAGUCACUGCUCCUCUGAAUACAGACAGCUUCACAUCAACAGGACAGAAUGAGACCAGUAUCACUCUGCAGUGGAAUAAAGUGAACAACGACACCAGCUUUAUUCUCCAGUUUAAUGGCACAGAGAUAAACAUCAGUGCACCAGAUGGAGAUGGACCAGUAACUCACACAGUCUCAUCUCUCACUGCUGGAACUAGAUACACUUUCACUCUCUUGUCUGUGUUUGAGAACAUCAGAAGUAGUGGAACAACCAUUACUGCAGUCACUGCUCCUCCAAACACAGACAGCUUGAUAUCAACAGGACAGAAUGAGACCAGUAUCACUCUCCAGUGGAAUAAAGUGAACAACAACACCAGCUUUAUUCUCCAGUUUAAUGGCACAGAGAUAAACAUCAGUGCACCAGAUGGAGAUGGACCAGUAACUCACACAGUCUCAUCUCUCACUGCUGGAACUAGAUACACUUUCACUCUCUUGUCUGUGUUUGAGAACAUCAGAAGCAGUGGAACAACCAUUACUGCAGUCACUGCUCCUCCAAAUGCUGAAAGCUUCACAUCAACAGGACAGAAUGAGACCAGUAUCACUCUCCAGUGGAAUAAAGUGAACAACAACACCAGCUUUAUUCUCCAGUUUAAUGGCACAGAGAUAAACAUCAGUGCACCAGAUGGAGAUGGACCAGUAACUCACACAGUCUCAUCUCUCACUGCUGGAACUAGAUACACAUUCACUCUCUUGUCUGUGUUUGAGAACAUCAGAAGUAGUGGAACAACCAUUACUGCAGUCACUGCUCCUCCAAACGCUGAAAGCUUGAUAUCAACAGGACAGAAUGAGACCAGUAUCACUUUCCAGUGGAAUAAAGUGAACAACAACACCAGCUUUAUUCUCCAGUUUAAUGGCACAGAGAUAAACAUCAGUGCACCAGAUGGAGAUGGACCAGUAACUCACACAGUCUCAUCUCUCACUGCUCGAACUAGAUACACUUUCACUCUCUUGUCUGUGUUUGAGACCAUCAGAAGCAGUGGAACAACCACUACUGCAGUCACUGCUCCUCUGAAUGCAGACAGCUUCAUAUCAACAGGACAGGAUGAGACCAGUAUCACUCUGCAGUGGAAUAAAGUGAACAACGACACCAGCUUUAUUCUCCAGUUUAAUGGCACAGAGAUAAACAUCAGUGCACCAGAUGGAGAUGGACCAGUAACUCACACAGUCUCAUCUCUCACUGCUGGAACUAGAUACGCAUUCACUCUCUUGUCUGUGUUUGAGAACGUCAGAAGCAGUGGAACAACCACUACUGCAGUCACUGCUCCUCCAAACAAAGACAGCUUGAUAUCAACAGGACAGAAUGAGACCAGUAUCACUCUGCAGUGGAAUAAAGUGAACAACAACACCAGCUUUAUUCUCCAGUUUAAUGGCACAGAGAUAAACAUCAGUGCACCAGAUGGAGAUGGACCAGUAACUCACACAGUCUCAUCUCUCACUGCUGGAACUAGAUACACUUUCACUCUCUUGUCUGUGUUUGAGAACGUCAGAAGCAGUGGAACAACCAUUACUGCAGUCACUGCUCCUCUGAAUGCAGACAGCUUCACAUCAACAGGACAGAAUGAGACCAGCAUCACUCUGCAGUGGAAUAAAGUGAACAACGACACCAGCUUUAUUCUCCAGUUUAAUGGCACAGAGAUAAACAUCAGUGCACCAGAUGGAGAUGGACCAGUAACUCACACAGUCUCAUCUCUCACUGCUGGAACUAGAUACACUUUCACUCUCUUGUCUGUGUUUGAGACCAUCAGAAGCAGUGGAACAACCACUACUGCAGUCACUGCUCCUCCAAACGCUGAAAGCUUGAUAUCAACAGGACAGAAUGAGACCAGUAUCACUCUGCAGUGGAAUAAAGUGAACAACAACACCAGCUUUAUUCUCCAGUUUAAUGGCACAGAGAUAAACAUCAGUGCACCAGAUGGAGAUGGACCAGUAACUCACACAGUCUCAUCUCUCACUGCUGGAACUAGAUACACUUUCACUCUCUUGUCUGUGUUUGAGAACGUCAGAAGUAGUGGAACAACCACUACUGCAGUUACUGCUCCUCUGAAUGCAGACAGCUUCAUAUCAACAGGACAGAAUGAGACCAGUAUCACUCUGCAGUGGAAUAAAGUGAACAACAACACCAGCUUUAUUCUCCAGUUUAAUGGCACAGAGAUAAACAUCAGUGCACCAGAUGGAGAUGGACCAGUAACUCACACAGUCUCAUUUCUCACUGCUGGAACUAGAUACACAUUCACUCUCUUCUCUGUCUUUGAGAACGUCAGAAGCAGUGGAACAACCACUACUGCAGUCACUGGUAAGAUGUUUGACUUAAUUUUUCUUCAUUUAACUAUGCAUAACACUCUGUUAAGCAUUACAGCGUACUAGACAAUGAAAUAGACAUUUGAAUGGCUCAUUGUUUGUGUUUUUUUUAAACACAUUAAAUUAGCUUAGGUGCAACAUCGUCAUGGCCACUAUCUAUUGUAUCUAUUGACUGCAAGAUAGCAUUAACCAAAUCAGUUUGCAGCAGCAAUAGUUAGAACUGAACAGAGAGUUGGUGAAAGCUGCUUCAUCUUCACCUUGAAACUUAGGAAGCUACUGAACAGUUAGUAGUUCUUACCAGCAGCAAUAGUAUUUAUUUCCUUGUUACAUAUGAUCUUUUUUCCCUUCCUCCUUCAUGUCCUUAAGAACUGCCCUCUGUUUUUUGCCUUGUUCCUUGUUUUUUUCUGAGCACCAUUCAAAGCCCUCUGCUUUCCUUGGUUUCAUUUUUCCUUAUCUUUGUUGUUUGAAUCAAAAUGUUUUCAUUUGAUUUUCAGUUUAAAAGUCAUGCAACAAAAGUUUGAAUUACAUCUAAGAGAAAUGUUCAUAUUAGAUCUUUGAGAUAUUAACAAAAUAUAAUUUCUUUUUAACAUAUUCUUCUUUCAAUGUGAACAAACACCAUCAUGCCAAAACUGCUUACUCUGCGUCUCACAACAGGAGGGCCUCAUUAUGUUGUUGGAUUGAACUUCAGAUUAAAGUCAUUUAUUCAGCUGUCAGACUCGGACAUCCAGACUAUGUUGGAGGAGCUCUUCAGACAAUACGGAUUAUCAUCACAAUUGUUAUCCCUAAAGGUCAUUCAGACAUAAAACCAGUGGAGGAAAGAUGGGAAUAAAUGAAGGACAAUGGAUCUGCAAUGCAAAAACAUUGCUUUUUUGUUAUUUAUUUGUUCUUAAGUUAUUUAGACGUUUCACAUUUUGAAUUACUUUCCUUGAAGUGAAUGGGGGAAAAAAAUUAUGUUGUGAGUGAUUUUAUAACGUUAUAGUGUGAGCUUUUUGGAGAAUUUUCUUAAAAUAAGACAUGACGUGUCCCAAAUCCAUACUGCACAGUUCCAUACAGUAUGCACUACAUACUAAUCAUUAUAAUAUACUGUAGUUACUAUGCAAAGCAAUUCAACAUAGUAUUAUCAUGUCAUACUACUAGUAAAUGAUACAGUAAUUGCACAAAAAUGUAACUUUGGAAUUCACUUCCAGUAAACCAAAAAUUUCACUUUUUCUUUCUUUCCAAGCUCUCGUUUCGCCACCAUUGACAAUUUUUUUUCAAACAUUUUUCACUUUGAGCACUUCGAUUUCCUUUGUGCAUUGCUUUGUGUCCAUCGACAGCACACUCCAAAGAUCAGCUGUAUUUAGUGUGCAUACUGUAGCUGUAACUAUAGCAGGGAUCAUUCCCAAAACAAAUAUACCUUACUUAUCUAUUCUGUAAUUCUCUCAAGGUUUUUGAUUGUCAGUAUUCAGAUUUUAUUGUUACAGUGUUGUAAUAGUGUGUGUAAAUAUACCUAGUAUGUUUCUGAACAUGUGAAAUAAAGAUCUUUGGAAUGUUA